AAAUUCCGAUAGUUGCAUAGGUGAUAAGGUUCUGCGACUCGGGUGUAAUGUCGCUUCGUAAAUAAAAAAAUCAUUGAUAUUCCGGAAAUAAAAAUUACUACAUUCAAUAACUUUUACACUAAUCGUAAUCAUAUAGUAACAGCUUACAAAUAUUAUAAGUACAAACUUCAUUUAAACAAAUCUGAGACAUUAAUAUAAAUACAACGUAACCACGAUAACGUUCACAAACGAGUUUUUAUAAUUUGUAAUUAAGUGAGCUACACGUAGCAUAUAAAUUAUACAGUAUUCUCGUCAUAACAGUAAUUUAACAUACAAAUCAACAACAUUAAGCAAUCUAUCGACCUAUAGUUCCUGUUGGUCAAUUCAUAUCAGUUGUAUAAAAGCAUUUUUUAAAUCAAAUUUUUAACAUUCGACUAAUAGUGUUCGAGUAGUCAAUUCAAAGACAUCAUCAAUUAUUCAAAGACCAAUGAAAGCUGAACAACCAUUACAACUCGUAGGAGUGAUCAGUGUAGAAUCAGUUAAUGUAAAAUUUUCUAUAAUAUCAAGUUCAAAUGGUAAUGUCUUAAUAGAAUCUUCAAAACCAGUUGAACUUAUUAAACUUUAUCCAGAAUGGGUUGAAGUUGAUCCAGAAAGCAUUUGGAAUUCAUUGAAAAUUAUUAUUGAAGAGGUAAUAAAUGAAUUAAUUUCUAAUGAUAUAUCCUUGGAUUGUAUCAAAGUUAUCAGUAUUAUAAAUGAACGAGAUACUGUUGUAGCUUGGGAUUCAGAAACAAAUAAACCACUUUACAACGCCAUACAUUAUAGUGAUAAUCGUACAGAUUCAAUUAUUCAAGAUUAUGUUUCAAAAGAUCCAAAUGUAUUUAAGUAUGUAGAAGAAAUAACUGGUCUCAAAGUAGUGUCAAUGUUUAGUGCACUUAAAUUAAAAUGGUUAUUUGAAAAUGUAGAUAAUAUAAAAAUAUCUACUGUUAAAGAAACAGUUAAAUUCGGAACAUUAGAUACAUGGUUAACUUGGAAAUUAACCAAUCGAAAUUUAUAUAUCACUGAUGUAACUAAUGCAUCUAGAACUUUAUUAAUGAAUUUGAAGACACUUAAAUGGUCAGAAAAAGCAUGCAAAAUAUUUAACAUUCCUUUUUCAUUACUUCCAACAAUUAAAAGUAACUCUGAGUUAUAUGGAAAAAUAAAUAUUACACGUUUGAAGGGUAUAAUGAUUGGAGCUAUUAUAGCUAAUCAUCAGGCUGCUUUUUAUGUUAAAUGUAGAAGUUUUGGACAAGUUAUGAGUAGAUAUAAUGAUAGUUGUAUAACAUCAUGUAAUAUUGGGAAUGAAGUAAUUCAAUCAAAACAUGGAUUAAUUACUUCAGUUGCCUAUCAAAUUGGCAAUGAAUCUGUUUCUUAUGCACUCGAAGGAUGGACAUCAGUAGGAGGAAAAAUAACAGAAUGGUUGAAAAAUAAUAUGAAAAUCAUAAACUCGGAAGAUGAACUUAAAACAUUAGACAUUGAUGUAAGUGAUAUAUAUAUUGUACCUGCAUUCAAUGGACUUGCCACCCCAUAUUGGAGACCUGAUGCUACAGGUAUAAUAUGUGGGAUGACACAUUAUACAAAUAAAAAACAUAUUAUUCGAGCAUCAUUAGAAUCCAUAUGUUUCCAUACAAAAGACAUUUGUAUUGCAUUACAAAAAGACAUUGGAAUAACAACAUCACAGUUAAUGGUAGAUGGCAAAUAUUCAUGUUAUGAUAUUUUAUUGAAUUACCAAGCAGAUAUUUUAGGAGCAAAUAUAAGAAGGUUACACGCUACUGAUAUGGCAAUAUAUGGAGCGGCAGAAAUAGGAGCAAAAUCUGUCGGUUUAGAAUUUAAUGAUACCAAUAGUUCUGAUUUCAUAUCUAAGCCAACAACUACAGAAAAUGAAAGGAAUAAUCGCUAUUAUAAAUGGUUAAAAGCGGUACGUAGAAGUUGUGGAUGGAAAAAACCAGUACAAAUUGACAAAAAACUAAACAAGUUUGACAUUUUUAGUACAAAUAUAUUAUCUACAGCUUAUUUAGUAGCAAUGAUGGGUAUGAUGGUGAUAUCAGAUAAUAAGUAAAUAACAUAAGUAUACGUCACAUACAGAUUGUAAUUUCUGUAUGAAUUUCAAAUAUCAUAGCUGUACUAUAUUUUAUUUAAAAAAUUGCAUAUAUUUGUAUAUUAGUUACAUAUAUUGUUAUUAUAUACUCAAGCAUAAUGUUAAAAGAAAGGAUUAACAUUAAAUAAAUUAUACUUGAGCAUUAAAUAAAAAACAUCUAAUGGUAUCAUUAACUGUAACCAUUUGCCUUUUUAAUAUUACUGUUAACCAUUAAAAUUUUUUUUUUAUAUGAAAAAUGUUUUAAUUUUAAAUUAUUU